GCUUGAUCAGUGGCGAUACCAGGUAUAUUCCAUAGGCAUCUUAGUAUAGAGGAUCCAGCGCAGUCGUCCUGGUCAAAGCCCGUUCGGCUUUUGAAAUGGUGGAUACAAGCUUAGUCACAGCUGAACACUCUCAAUUCCAACCUUCACUUCGUCAGUUCACUUUCAACCUUGAAAAUAUUCUACAAGAAAAUGCCAUUCCAAGCCAUCCGCAUCAUCUUCUCGCCCUACCACGUCGGCCUGCGCGACCACCGCGUCGGCAACGGACCGCACCGCAUCCGGACAUGCGGCCUCGAGCAACAACUCCACAACCUCAAAAUCCCAACAGACAUCGUCACCAUCGCGCCCGUAGACGACCACGAGGGCGAGAUCGGGCGCAGCUUCGAGAUCAUGCGGCGCAUCUCGAUGGCCGUACAAGAAUCCGUCGCCGCAAACCGCUUCCCGCUCAUCCUCUCUGGGAACUGCAUGUCCAGUGCGGCGGUGGCGUGUGGGCUAGCGGAUCAAGACAAAAAGGACUUGUCGUUUGUAUAUUUCGAUGCCCAUGAUGACUUGGACUCGCCAGAUGUGAACGAGAACGGGUACUUCGAUGCCAUGGGGUUGUCGAUGCUGCGUGGGGAAAGCUGGAAGACGCUUAUGCAGACUGUGCCGGGCUUUGACGGGGGUUUUGACUUCAACCGCCGGUUCCUGUACUGUGGAUUGCGCGACCAGUCGAGUGUACAGAGGCAGAGGAUUAUUGAUGCGGGAAUGCAAGUUAUCUGGGGGAGCACCGAGGAGGAGAAGGUGGACUUUGUGCGUGAGCUGAAGACAAGACUAGCACAGCAGUCUUACAGCCCGGCUCUGGUUCAUUUGGACCUUGACGUCCUGGAUGACUCGUACGGGAAGGUUAAUAGCUAUCCGUCCCCUGGGGGCUUGUUCGAGGACGAGCUGGUGGAGUGCAUGGAACUUGUUCCGAAGAUGGCGGGCCCAAAGUCCUUGACGGUGUGUUCGUUUGACCCUGAUGCCGGCGAUGGAGAUAGGAUUGCUGGUAUUGCAGUUCGUGCUAUUACGGCCUUUGUCAAGGGUCUUCUGGAUACCGGGGCAUUGCAUAUAUAAGCCAUGAUAUAUGAAGCUAGCUAUUUA